AUGCCAGAAACGCAACCUCUUCACUCACCAAAAUAUCAAUGCUUGUGCAUGUCUAUUGAUGCGUACAGUAUCCGUUGUAUGAAAUCCCGCACCGACCAAGUGCUAUCCUCGGCGAUGUGAUGACCAUGAUGGUGAACAAGACCAACUUGAAAGGUGCCUGGACCGGAUUGGACAUUCUGAACUGCAGGCAUAGCCUCCAAUCAUGCAGGCAUUCUGCAGCCUCACGCAGCAUGUCCACUUCCUCUCCAGUGCUUCGUGAAGGCGGCUCUGGCCCGGAAGCCGUCGCUGCAAUUCGCACUCUUGCUCUUGUUUCACACUGAUUUCGAAUAGAUUCAAUAUGCCUCCAUAGCAAUGCCCCAAACCCUCGUCGAACACAAUGCCUUCGGAGUGGGCUGGAUCUGCGCCCUCGCGACCGAGUUUGUCGCAGUCUGCGAGCUGCUUGACGAAGAAUAUACUGUGGACAAUUUGGACUACAAGGAUGAUGCGAACACAUACGCGUUUGGACGCAUCGGACAGCACAAUGUUGUUAUAUCUUGUCUACCUAAAGGCAGAUAUGGACUCACUUCUGCUGCCUCCGUGGCUCGAGACAUGCUCCGCAGCUUUCCAUCCAUUCGCUUCGGCUUAAUGGUCGGCAUAGGCGGGGGUGUGCCCAGUAAGAGACAUGAUAUCAGGCUAGGUGAUGUUGUGGUCGGGUGUCCUACCAGUACCUCUGGUGGUGUCAUAAAUUACCAGUAUGGCAAGAGCAUACAAGGACGUCGAUUCGCGCGGACCGGUUUCCUGGCUCCUCCUCCUCGGGUCCUGCUCUCUGCGCUGAACAAUCUAAUUGCACGGCAUGAGAGGCGUGGACACAGGAUUCAAGAUACCGUCAACCGCAUAAAAUCGAACCCGAGGCUCGCAGCCAGAUAUCGAUCCCCCGGCCGUCAGCACGAUAAUCUGUUCAACUCCCAAUACCUUCACCAGAAUGAAGAAGAAGAUUGUGAGGAAUGUUGCGUGAGAAACGGGGUGAAUCUCAGGCGGCGCAGCCCACGAUCAGCCGAGCUUGACGAUCCUAUUAUCCACUAUGGACUUAUAGCUUCCGCUGACAGCCUGAUGAGAGAUGCGGAAAUGAGAGACAAACUUGCGAAAGAAGCAGACGUCUUGUGCUUCGAAAUGGAGGCUGCGGGCUUGAUGGAUCACUUUCCAUGUCUCGUCAUAAGGGGUAUCUGCGAUUAUUGUGAUACUCAUAAGAACAAGAGAUGGCAAGGAUAUGCGGCAGCCGUUGCUGCUGCUUAUGCUAAAGAGUUGUUGGAUAUCAUUCCCACCGGAGAGGGUACGCAAGCCUCAGUCCAGUCUCCAUUACAGUACAAAGGACUAGUUGCGUUAACGCCUCUUGUCGCUGGGACCGAGGGGGCGUCCACGGUAGAUGUGGUAGCGGUCCAUGGGCUAGGAGGCGAUGCCGUCUCGUCCUGGAGAACAUCCGCCAAGUAUUCAUGGCUUCGCGAUUGGCUUGCCAAACAAGCCUGUGACGCAUGUAUCUUAUCGUACGGGUAUGACAGUGCGCUUACCUGGAAUGGAAGCGAGUCAUCCGUGUGCGAUACAGCCCUGGAUCUCUUACAGAAGCUGUUGCUGCGACCCGCUAAAAGGUUUCUCUUUGUCUGCCAUGGACUCGGCGGCGUCAUCGUGAAAGUAGCUCUGGCUAUGUCUCUUACGCUUCCCAAGCAUGUCUACCUUCGAGACCAGCUCUUAGGCUUGGUCUUCCUUGGUACCCCACAGGGUCACUUGCAUGCUGACGAAUGGAUGCGAAUCGUAUACAGAAUGGCGCACGUUCUCCUGAUGGGCAAACCGUAUCGAAUGACAUUCAUGGACAAUCUUGAACGCAUCUCGAACACCCUGGCUCUGCUUUCAUUUAAAUAUCAAGUGGACCUCAACCAUGUCCCCGUGCUAUCCUAUUACGAAACCGUUCCGUUCGCGGAUCCUGGAUUUGUUACUGUGGAACCGGAAGCCGUCAUUCUGGCUUCGGCGCGCGAGCAGAUCCUGCCAUUGAAUGCAAACCACAAGGAGAUAGCCGCUCCAGAUGCGAAUACAUGCGGAGAUCGGUCUCAGGGAUAUUCUUCGAUUGCUGCACUGAUCGCGUCGGAGACAAGUCAGAACAUCAAGGUACAGAGUGCAGACCUUCUCCAGAAACUCUACUGUGUCGACUAUGAGCUUUAUUCUGUCUGCGUGCCAGAUGCCUCCCCCAGGACUGGAGUCUGGCUCUGGGACAAUCGUACUUUUCAAGAUUGGGCCACGUCGCAACAGAGCCGACUAUUCUUGGUGAGGGCCCUUCCUGGGUAUGGCAAGACGGUGCUGGCAAAGAAUCUCUCGCGCGAUCUGAAGAAUCGAGUAAGGCCGCGCAACGAUUUGCCAAAUCUCGCCGAUCACACAACUUUGUCGUACUUUUUCCGGGAAGAUAACAGUGCCGGAACGUCAAUAGUGGCCUUUCUUCGAUCAAUUCUGCACCAGCUGCUCCUCCAACAUCCUACCCUUUGCUCCCAGGUCCAACAAGCUUUCGAUUCUGCCAACAACAAUGCUCACACUGGUCGAGUCCUGGAACCCCACCUGAUGGCCUCGGCGCUGUGGGCUGCAUUUCGAUCUGUCCUACACAAUCGAUCGCUGGGAAAGGUCGUCCUCGUGAUCGAUGCUCUUGACGAAGCUGAUGCCCGUGACAUUCCCGAGAUAUGCUUUGGCUUGCUUGAAACACUAUUAUCAGUGGAUGAUCAGCACAGGUUGAAGGUUCUUGUGACCAGCCGAGAUAGCUAUACCAUCUCGCAACAACUCCAAUCGAGUAAUAUGGUUGAUACUCUUGACAUUACACCAGAGCACACUCAUACAGAUAUUGAGAUCUUCCUAGAAAACGCCACUGCAGAGUUUGCGCUUGAGUACAAUGUUCCUGACAGUGACAUCCAGCAAAUUCGAAGUCAGAUCUCGCUAAAAUCAGAUGGCAUGUUCCUCUGGGCGAGCUUGGCUUGGGAGCACUUCAAAGGUGGUAUCGCCUUAUGGAGCAAAGGAACAGUCCAGGAGCGCCUCAAAGCUCUUGGAAGUCUGCCUCCCGGGCUAUACGCACUGUAUGUGAAAUUGUUACAGAAGAUCGACAAAGAUGUGUUGAAAGGACUACACGCAGUCUUCUUGAUCGUCGCAGCGACAGCACGACCGCUCACAUGCGAAGAAGCUGAACAAGUGCUGGGUAUAAAAGGCUGGGAGACUCGUACGACCGAGCUAGACGUACCGUUUUCAAUCCGGGCAACAGUCAACCUACACUGUGCGGAUCUACUCAAGAUCAGCCCUGCUGGAGUAAUCAGAGCUGUACACCUGUCACUGAAGGAUUUUAUCCGGGAGAGUUUACUGAAGCAGCAAGCCAGUGCGCUGCACAGCAAGAUCGCCCAGCACUGCAUUCAUUAUCUGACACUGGCGGAUGUUCGGGAAGCGGCUUCCGAAGACAUACAAAGAGCUUCCGCCGAGUCCUGUUUGAUGCGCUACUUCGCAUUCUACGAUUAUGCCGCAACAUAUCUCAAGUACCACAUGAAUCGUGUCGACUCCGAUGACAAUGUGUGGCUACAAUAUGGCUCCAUGGUGAAGAAUUACGCCGCGUUUCACACUGCCGUGGAAGCGGAUCACAACUCGCAUAUCAACGUAGAGCAUCUCACAGCUCCUGCUUACUAUGCCGAGACACCUCUCGGCCAUGCUAUACGACUGUACGGGUCGGCUCUCAUUCGCGCGUUUGUCAGCGUUUCUUACGACCUCGACGAGAAAAUCUUAUACCGUUCAAACAGUCAGGUUGUGGAGGCCAACACGGCGUUGCACUCGUAUAUCGAUCAUCAAGACGUGGUGGCAGAAUUGUUAAGCUGCGGCGCAUCUCCCAAUGUAACUGACUAUGUGAAACGAACGGCUCUACACCUGGCGGUACUUCGAGGUUCUCGACCAACCAUGAAGUUGCUGCUGGCUCUGAAAACCCUCAACGUGAACGCACAGGAUGCCGAAGGGCGGACAGCCUUACACUACGAAGCAACUUCUGGACAUGGCUCUCUUCUUCUCAACGACAGUCGCGUCGAUGUCGACAUCCGGGACAACAAUGGUCGAACUGCUGUUACCUUGGCUGCAUCCCUGGGAGAUCAUCAGACGACUGUGGAUUUCCUGCGCAGUCAACGCAAUGCCAUGGCACAACAUGAUGGGGAAUUAAGUCUUCUCAUUGCUGCAGCACAACAAGAUUGGCUAGAUGUUACUCUUGAGGUCCUUUCGCAACUGUCCGACGUCUCGGCUCAUCGCGGGUAUGACGGUAAGACCAUCCUUCACUGGGCCGUCAUCAAUGACUGGGAGGAGGUCAUGGUCCGGGCCAUCCUACUUGCUCGGGCUAAAGUCAACGACUAUGAUUCUAGAAAGCGAACGGCCCUUCAUGAAGCUGCGGAGUACGGCAAUUUCAAACUGGCUCGGAAGCUCAUCGCACACGGCGCUUCUGCGAGAUAUCGUGACCAACAGGGUCGAACGCCGCUUCAACUUGCAGCUAUUGAGGGCUUUUCGGACACGGUUCUAGCUCUGAUGAACUCGGAUUUCAAUGUAAAUGAUGCGGACCAACAGCGUCGAACCAUUGCGCACUGGGCCGCUUCGUGGGACUGGCCGAUGAUUAUGCGACGUGUUCUCGAGGAGCCUGACGUAGAGCUUCUUAGGCACGACUGCAUGGGAAGGACAGUCUUACACAUUGCAGCGCUAUGCGGCUGUCCGAAUGUGCUCAAGCUCCUGAUGAAUGAGCGCGUCCUCAACAUCGACGAGACAGACGGGAUGGGGAACACAUUGCUUCACCUGUCAGCAAGAGCUCGGAGUAGUUCGGUGGUCGACGUCCUCCUCAAUGCAAGCAGUUUCAACAAGGCUCAGGCCGUAAACAAAUAUGGGCAGACAGCAUUGGAUGUCGCAAUUGAGUAUGGCGCAGAAGAAGUAACGAAACAGCUCAGGGAAAGGCGAAUCAGCGAACAGAAAGACGUCAACUGGGAAAUACGUAACAAAGUAUUCUACCUCAGGAGGCCACCCCAGCUGAAGCAUGACCCGAGCAAGGAGAACUGGUCGGUUGUCCCCUACGGUCGUGAACCAGAGCCCCCCAAAGUCCCAAAGCUAGAGGGUGGCGAGCGCCGCCCUUCCCCUCCCAGGAGCGCAGAAGAAUAUCGAGAAGGACCCGAGAAGAGAGUUCGUCCAGAAAGCGACGUACAUAUUCGGCCCGAUCGAGAGAAACGUCGGACUGCCACUCGAGAAUUCCCCAGCCGGCCACUCCAGCGUGAUAGCCAGCCCGUCUACGUCAAAUGCCACACGAGGUACCUUUUACCGCAAACGCUGGACAGAUACAAUUUGCCAUGGGAGUGGGAUACGACAGCACGUGACUACCUUGUCAUCAAGCAAAAAGUAUCCGAAGAGCUACUCGAAGAGCUCUUCGAGGAUACGAGAUUCCUGCAGAGGCAGCAACAGGGCCGUGGAUCUGUAUAGAGGCAAUAGGAUACUGUCUGCUGGGUGACUGGGUACCAAUACUAGGAAGAGAUACACCGGUAUGCCAGACUGACAUUUCGGUGUUGCUGCUCUUGUUCCGACUUUAUAUUGACAUCUGGGAAAGCCGGCUGGAAGAUCUUCCUGAUGUCUGUCGUGUUGUCCAGACAUCACCACGCAGGGACUCACCUCGAAGCAUGAGUGCCUUCUUAAACGACACCACCGUGAGAUCUCUAAGUUACUUGCUCCCAAUUAGAUUUCGUGUUCUUCCGGCGGCC